ACAAAGAGGAAAACCUGCUUAGUAGAUCUGUUUUUCUAGUCCACUUUUGUGGAUGCAGGAGCUGAGGUUAAGUGACCCGGUUUCAGAUCUUCAAAACAACAAGCAGCAAGAAAACAGAACUUGGAUUUUAAGCUGGAACCAGACAGUGACUCAUCCUUCAACCAGAGUGAUUUUUGGUAACAAGUGUAGGAAUUAUUUGGUGAAUUAUGAAGAGAAAAAUAGUAGUUUAAGUGAACACAAGGAAUAGAGAAGCCAGGAAGAGAAGAAGAUGGAGCUCCUGAUGCCUCAAAGUAGGAAAGGAAGAAGCAAGGCAAAUGACAUACAUGCCUCAGGAGCAAAUCUGUCCCGGCAGUACAAGGUACACACUCUGGAUUCAUGGAAUAAAUGGGAGCUCCUGGCUAUAAUAGGAACCAUGAUCUUUCUGCUUUAUAUCUGGCUGUAUUCUCAGAGCUUCCAUUUCCAUGUGGCACACCUUUAUGCUCACUUUGGGUACCCCAGUGCUCAGCAUAUUGUUGGCCAGAGAUACCUGAAAGGAGCUGGUGUGGUGAAGGAUGAAGAAAUGGCAAUGCAUUGGUUUAGACGAGCCUCUCAGCAGAACCAUCCCUAUGCUUCCUUUAACCUUGCAGUAGGAAAGAUGAAAAAUAUGACUGGGUCGAUGGAAGUAGGGGAUGUGGAGAUGCUCCUUAAUGUUGCUGCAAGUCAGGGGAUCCAAGACGCCCAGGAACUUCUGGAGAAUGUUAUUUGGAUGAAAAGCAAGCUCUUGCCGACUAAAAGAAUGCAGUUAUAAUAGACUGUAACAUGUGUCCUGCAUGCUCUUCCUGAUACUUGGGAUAUUUCUUUCUUCUUUGUUCACUGUGGCCUUGUAAUGCUUUGUGGAACUUUUGAUGGAAGCUGCUUUCAGUCAUAGUUUUCUAUGUGGCUGCAUCAUCAAUUUUCUCUCCAAAAUCCUUUGAGGAAGGUGUUACUUAAGUGUUUCCGGAGAUACAAAUUUUACUUCUUCUGCAUAAAGGAGUCUUUUAUGUUGAUUUCAUGACUGCUCACCUUGGCUAAGUUCCAAGUCAGUGACUAUUAUCUGAAGCAGUAGGAAGGAAAGAAGGAAAAAACCAGUCACACCAGAGAUUUGGCUUCUUGAAUGUGUUAGCUGGCACCCACAGAUCCACUGUCAAAGUUAAACUCAUCAUUAAUCUAAUCUCUGAUGUGGUGUUCCGCUUGAAAUAAACUUGUUUU